ACACCUGUGUUUGAAACUCCAGCUCCCAUCGUCCCGUGCGCCACAGUAUCAACAUGGCGCCCGUCUCGCGGACAAAAGGCGAAUCUGUCUGACGGUGGACUGAAGCCCAAAUACAAUUAAGAGGAGACAUUUUAAGGGGGAAACUUGAUGUAAUACGCGUGUCACGGCUCCACUGAGACAACAUAAGCCCGCAUGUUACAUGUAACGUCUGUGGAAGAUUGUCUACUGGAACAAGAAAGGAUGUUCCAGCAGUGCGAGGAGCCUCGCUUCACCAUUGAGCAGAUCAACCUCCUCCAGAGGCUCAGGAGGACGGGCAUCGGCCAGGCCGAACUCCUCCAUGCCCUCGAGACCUUGGACCACCUGGAUCAUCUGGACCGUCCCCACAGAUGCACCGCAAACCACCAACCGUCUUUCUAUGCCCCACCUUCGUCUUCCACUGCCGCCACUCAGACUGUCUUCUCCGACAGCCACCUAUCGCCGAGUAGCUUUGAUGUAACCUUGCCCGUCGACAUAGCAACGGUAGCUCAGACGAACGGGAAGAUGUCGCCGCGGCCCAGGUUUCCUCUAGUGGGGGGCGGUGUGGUGGGCUACGGCUUUGAGACGGGCGACGAAGACGUGGAUGUCGAUGAGAAAGUGGAAGACUUGAUGAGGAGAGACAGUGGUGUCAUCAAAGAGGAGAUCAAGUGCUUCCUGGCCAACAGGCGCAUCUCCCAGGCUGUGGUUGCACAAGUGACGGGAAUUAGUCAGAGUCGGAUCUCCCACUGGUUGCUGCAGCAAGGGUCUGACCUCAGCGAGCAGAAGAAACGAGCCUUCUUCAGAUGGUAUCAGCUGGAGAAGAGCAGCCCUGGUGCCACGCUGGCCUUGCGUAGUGCCCCGCUGACGCUGGAGGACGUGGUGAUGGACUGGCACCAGACCCCACCCACAUUCGCUCCCGCUCCAGUGGGCUUCCGCCUGCGCCGGGGGAACAGAUUCACCUGGAGGAAGGAGUGUCUGGGCGUCAUGGAGAGCUACUUCAGUGAUAAUCAAUAUCCUGACGAAGCGAGGAGGGAGGAGAUCUCCAUGGCCUGCAAUGCCGUAAUUAAAAAACCAGGAAGACAGCUUCUUGACUUUGAGAAGGUGACGUCUCUGAAGGUGUACAACUGGUUCGCCAACCGCCGCAAGGACAUCAAGAGACGCGCCAACAUUGAAGCAGCCAUCUUGGAGAGCCACAGCAUAGAUGUCGAGAGUCCCGGAGGUCAGUCCAACGGCGAUGAGGUGGACCCCAACGACUUCCCCGAGCAGGUUCCCACGCUGCCGCCCAACUGGAUGGCCGUCCUGGGCCGAGGGGCCGCGUCGGGGCCGAGGGGCUGCUCCCUGACCGGCCGUCGGCCGUCCUGGUCGCCGCCUUCGCCCGCCCCCCGGGACGAGCCGAGUUCGGAGAAGGCGGCCGACGACCGAGCGGACGAGGCGGGCUUAACUUUGGCCGGCGACAUCAAGACGGAGGUGAUCGAAGACGAUUGAAAGGAGGUGACGUUACCGUGUUCAUAUGCAAAUAUUUGACCUCCCACAACCAAGCUGCAAGUUACACUCAACUUAAGUAAACGUUUCUACGAGCGUCCAUGACGACUGACUAGACGCUCGUCACACUGUGAUCACAACGGUGCAGCCUCAAACUAAAUCUGUACAGCCAAGCAUUAUUUUUGUGUUCCAUUUUAGUGGUAUAUUAUUCCACGGCAUUGUUGUAAAGAAAUAAAAUGGGGGUUGCGCCAUGUGACCUGACAAAUUGAUGAUCAAAAGAAGCUGAGUGAUGGACGCAAAGAAAUGCUCCUGAUUUACACUGAUUACUACAAAUUAGCGUCACUGGGGGGGGAAGAAAAAUACCAAAAUAACGUGAAAAUAGUCAUGAUAUUCAUAAGUUUUUUUUCAUAUCACAAUAGUCAUGGUUUCAGUAAAAACAUUUGCAAUAUGACAAGAUGACUUUAAAAUUGAAAUAUUAAAAGUCUUUGUAGAAAGUAGUUAUAUUUAUAAUUAUUAUUUCCAUUGGAAAUUUUGAGUAAUGAAGUUGUAAUUUUUCUUAAUGAAAAAUUCGCACAGAACAGACAAUCUUUUUUUUCUUCUUCUUAGAAAUAAGCCCAAGCAAUAAUAUCACAGGAAAGGAAAGUACCAUUUCCCCCCCCCCCCCCCCCCCUUCUUCGUUGGAAAAAGCCAUUAUUUAAAGGAAUAACGUUUUUUUUUCUCUACAUAAAAAUUUAAUAUCGGGAGGAAAAGGUGAUCCCCCCCUCCCCCCAGUAAUUCAUAUUACAGGAAUAUAGUCAUAAUUUUUACCAAUUAAAAAUUCCCCAAACCUUUUUUUUUUUCUCUCUUGAGAGAAAUAUUUGCCUAUAUACUCUACCAAAGCCUAUUACUCUUUUCUUGUCAAGCUACUAUAACUUUUACUCUUAGUAUUCUUUAUUCUUUUGAGUUUGGUGCUAAUAUUCAGUUUACAAAAUGAUAGUAAAAUACAUUAAAAUAUAUAUUUUUAGUUUUGAUUUUUUGAUUUUAUUUUAUUUUUUUAAUUUUAAAAGUAAACCGGGGGGGGGGAAAUCCUAAAAAUCUACAAUGGAAGACCUUUCUUUGUGUCCAUAACACCGCCUGCCUGCGCUGUUAUGUCAAAUAUUAAAAAUAUGUACUAUAUGCCUCUAUAUACUGUACAUGAAUACAUAAAAAAAUACAGUAUAUACUACAUUAUAUAAACUGUGAGGGUGCGAUGUUUUAUUUUUUUUUUCAUUAUUCUACACAAACGCGUUUCCAUUUACCAGAGUAAAAGUAUUACCUUUUAAAAGUUUUUAUUUGAUUUUACAUUGUUAGAUGCAUGAAAUGUGUGGAGUCACUCCAAAAUGUCAUUUUUUCCCCCCAAAUGCUGUUUUCUACCUUCUAAUGUGUUUUAAACACGGUGUCAUUUCACUCCAUGUCACUCACAUGUCGCAGCUAAGCUAAGCUAGGACAUAUUUAGACUGUCGCCGAAAAUAUGUUGUCAAAUGUUUAUCGAACAAAUGAAAUGGAGCCAUUGUAGAGGGUUGAUUGAGCGCACCUUUGCUUAUUUCAACAUUUUUGCCAAUAUAAAUUAUUCAUGUUUGAACAAUUUUAACAAUCUGCCGUGAAUUUUCGUUCGGGUGCCUUACGUUGUUGUACGUGUUGUGUCGCAGUAAAGACGACUUUUACGAUUCCUUGGAAAGGUCCAAAUUCCUGAAACAGUACCGCAAAUACCUCGGUUGGAGAAAAAUGUGUGACCAAGAAAAAAUUGCCAACUGCAGGGGUUGAUGUCAACCAAGAUCGGCCAUAGCUUGCGUUUGAGAGUUCGACAGCAAAACAGAAGAAUACGAGCUGUUCUCAGUACUUCGUGUGGAAAUCCAAGUCUCUAUCUGUAUCAGUCAAUCUUUAAAUUUCCACAUUUAGUCAUUUAUUAAUGCAGACAAGCAGGCUUAUAACAGCUGGAACAAUGUCGCCCCCUGAGUUCACAAAUUCAGACAAAAUCGAGUUCACACUUUUGUCAGUAUUGAUGGAAAACGCAGGCCAUGGCUGACAUUGGCCGACAUCGCCCCCUGGAUGGCCUCCUGGUCGCACAUUUUUGGGGCACAACCUCAACUUCCUUUUUUUGUUGUUGUUGUUGGAAAAACUUAAAACUUAAAAACUAUUUCAUUGCAUAUUAAAAAAAAGCAAACCAACAUAUUUUUACACAGAAUUAAAAUAAAAAGCAGCGGAGGAAAGAAUAAAUGGUCCGAGGAUGAUGCGUUCGUGAAAGCUGGGACAUCGGAAAAAUUUGACGCGGAACCAAUGUUGCCGUGAGACGGAAACAAAAAACAAACACAGCUGACAACCGUGAUAAACUAGCAUUUCAGAAAAUAAAGGGGAAAACAUGUUUAAAAAUACUACAAGAAAAUAAACUAUCUUUUUUAAUUUUUUUUUUUAAUUAAACCUCAGACAUUUUAGCCAAUCAGGAGCCAGAAAAAAUAAUUUUGGAAAGUGGUAUAGUUAAAACCAACUUUCAUUCUACACCGCUUCACUUCUUUUUACUCUUGUACGACACCAAAACCUUUGAAGUCACGAGAAAUUUCCAAAACGCAGUCAAGAGUGAAGUCAAUCAAACCUCAAUUUAGCAUCAAAAGAUUAUCUUUUUUUUUUGGUUAUACACGGCCUAACUUACUUUUACACUUGACAUAAGACUUGUCUCCAAACUGCCUCUAAAACCACACAUUUACAAAAAUGCGUGUGACUUAAGAUGUUUCAAACAUUUAUUCUUACAAGUCAUGCGAGACAAAACAGUAACUCUUUGAUGCUCGUAGAACUAAAAGGUCGUUUUGUUUGCCGUCAGCCACGGUCAUGUUUCACAUUCCAAACUUUUGUGCAACGUGAAAGGCGUGUCGUGUACUCUUACGUGGAAAAAGGAAAUUAGCUGCCUGAUGAGAAAAAAAAAAAAGAAUCCUUUGAUGGUUGGUUUUGAUUGACUUGAGGCAUAUUUUCCUCCACAUUUUUAAGGUAUGAGAUUUCUCAGUUUUCCUGAACACACCACCUAACCCUCGUCCCUUUUUUGCAAACUACGCCCCACGUAGCCACGCUCGUGUACGGCCCUGUACCUCGCCUGGCGUCCUUUCAAAGGGGAAUGUAGCUUAUUAGGAUUCUCCUCAAUUGCGAAUUGUUCAAAUGGCCGUCGGAUGAAAUCAACUGAGUGGCAGUCCAGAUAUUUUCUGCUGUCCUCUGUGAUGCCAUUUUAGGAGCGUUUCCAUCACAGUCGCUCUUAUGAGAUUAUUUCAAGGUGUCACCUUUAGGUUAAUCCUGUACAGUUUUCGUAGCUUUUGGAACACGAAGGAUAAUGUGGAGCCAAGUGUCUCUCCCCCCCCCAUCUUAUUUCUUGUUUUAACAUGGAGUGCCUUGUUUGGAUCCCUGACUGUUGUGUAAAAAAAUAAAAAUAAACCCACACGACUAAUUGUACUGCCUUUUUUGCCGUCUGCCACAGAAACUUUAUUUAUUUUUUUCUUACUGUUUUUAUGGAUUGUUUUUAUUCUAUUUACAGGGGAAUUAAAGCUGAUCACAGUCAA